AUGGAUACCAAUGUUACCAAAGCAAAUAAUUCGUGUGUAAAAUGUCAAAUUACAAGCGGUGGCUUAUUUACAUGUCAUGGCUGUCAUAGAUCAUUUUGUUGGAAACAUAUUGAUGAACAUAAAUCCGAUCUUUCUCUCCAAAUGGAUUUGGUCGCUCAAGAGCAUGAUUCACUUCAAGAGGAUUCCAAACGGCUUUCUACGCGCCAUCCUCUUUUAGCUGAUAUUGAUCGAUGGGAAGAAGAGUCGAUUGUCAAAAUUCGAACAGUGGCAGACGAGACUCGUCGAGAUGUAGAAAAACAGAUUCAAGGAUUCCAGAAUACAAUGCAGACGUCAUGUGCAAAGAUCACCAAUGAAAUUCGAUCAAGUCGACAAUCAGAUAAUUUCAUAUCUGAGGUAAAUAUAGCCUCAUGGACAGAAACAUUGAAGCAAAUGCGUCAACAGCUUCAGACAACAGCGACGAUUCGACUAUCGAACGAUGAAGACGUGCCGCUCAUUCAGAUGAUCAAAAUUAAACAAGAAACACCUGUUAUAUCAAAUCGGCCUAAUCUUAAACGAAAACUAUCGUCAAUAACUGUCGAUAAUUUAUUGACAUUUAUUGAAUCUACAUCACCGACACUUACUCGCGAACAGUUCAAUUAUAUAAUUGAUUUUGCCGAGGAAUUAUGGGAUUGUCAUAUCGAUGGAGUAGCAGCGCAGUUGAAAUUCAUUUCACUGUUAAACAGCAUUGGUCAACGCUGUCAACAUGAUUUAGCUGCACGAGUCUUGGAAAUAUUAUGGAAUUUGGCACACGAUAAUCGACUGAACGAAGUAAUACAGCAACGUAUUUUCAAGAGUCACUGUCUUAUUCUCAAUCAAGAACGUUCACCGCACAAUGAGCUCAAACGUGAAUACUGUUCGAGAUGCGUAAAACAUCUUCAACAAAAACAAGACUACACGAUUUCAGCUAUUCGAUACCUUAUAGAAAUUCUAAGUUCAACUCAUACAACUACAGUCGUCGAGCGCAGUAAUUUCGAUAUAAUUCAAGUGCUUGUGGUCAAGCACGAUAUUAUUAAUAUAUUGAUUCAAAAUAUCUUUGCUUGCCAAUUAGUUACACAGGAUAAAGGGAAAACUUCAACGAAACAUAUUACGCUAAUUCAUGGACGAUGUACAAACGAAGACGCCAUUGAAAUUCAUCUAGAUUUGCUAUCGGUUUUACUUAAAAAAGGUGAUUUAUAUUUGAUAUAUAAGCGAUGCGAAGAGCUAUGGGACAUACUGAUAUCAAAUGGCAAAGCUUCUUCAACUGAGCGCGAACUCGGUUUCAACUGGUUUGUAAACUGUCAAGUAGAUCUUAAUCGUGAAACACGAAUCACUCUUUUCGAAAAUCGCGUAAGCAAAUUGGACGUAACGAAACUCUCAGCUAAAGGACAGGAAUGUUUCAAAUUGUACUUCGAUCAGUAUGAAAACAAAUCGAAAUAA